CAUCUGCUUCCGGUUCUCAGGCUGAUUUGGCGGUGAGGAAAACCUGCGCUGGCUGAGGCCUGUUGGCAGGUGAGAUAGCAGGGCAGUUACGUCUUAGAAUGCGCGGAGCUCAGGCAGGAGGCGGCGAGGGGAUUUGAAGGGCCUUGCCGGAGAUGGACAGCCGGAUUCCUUAUGAUGACUACCCAGUGGUUUUCCUGCCUGCCUAUGAGAAUCCCCCAGCAUGGAUUCCUCCUCAUGAGAGAGUAUACCACCCAGACUACAACAAUGAGUUGACCCAGUUUCUGCCCCGAAUCGUCACACUAAAGAAGCCCCCUGGAGCUCAGUUGGGAUUUAACAUCCGAGGAGGAAAGGCCUCCCAGCUAGGCAUCUUCAUCUCCAAGGUGAUCCCAGACUCUGAUGCACAUCGAGCAGGACUUCAGGAAGGGGACCAAGUCCUAGCUGUAAAUGAUGUGGAUUUCCAAGAUAUUGAGCAUAGCAAGGCUGUUGAGAUCCUGAAGACAGCUCGUGAAAUCAGUAUGCGUGUCCGCUUCUUUCCCUACAAUUAUCAUCGCCAAAAAGAGAGGACUGUGCACUAGAGAGCUGCAACCCACAGCCCUUCACAUGAAAUCUUCUAGGACAAGCUGGGCAGGCCUCAGGGAAGCCACAUAGUCUCAGACAUUUCCGAGACUCCCGUAGGACCCUGUUUUCCCUCCUCUCCCUCCUAUUCUCUCCUCCAAAAAGUAAAAUGCCAUGCUGAAGAAAUGUUGGUGUGAUUUUUGGAUGAUACUCAUUGAGUGUAAAAUGCUAUUGAGACAAAAAUAAAAGCUCUUUCAAAGA